GGGAAACCAUGAUUGUUGAAGACCAGGAGCUGUGGAAUCUCUACCUAAAGGUUCUCAAUAGUCCUAAUCAUGACUGUUAUGAGGCGGCUAUUGAGGACUUAGUAGACUAUGAAACCGCCCAUAUUUUAUUUGUGACCUGGGAAAGGAGUCCGGAUUGUCUAGCCGCUCAACGUUGCCUAGCAUGGGCCAAAUCAAUCCUUUAUGAUUUCCAUAAGGUCGAGAACCGAUACUUAGAGGAUCGAGAUACCGAAGAGAUGCUUUGCGCCACACUCACAUGGAGAAUGGAUGAUAACGACUUUUUCGGGACCCUUGCAGAGGCGUUUAGUUAUCUGGAGGAUCUUCCAAGCGAAUUUGAUCGUUUGCUGUUAAAUGCAUGCUCACGGCUUGAGCCUGUGUCGGCAUUCGUGUUGUUCAUUUCUGCACACGAGUGUACACACGUUUGCUGGAACUCGCCCCUAUUACGCUCUAGCUGCCUGCUAGACUUUCUUCUAGAGAAAGGUGCUCAAUUCAAUACUUCUGGGGUCCGGAUUACUCCCCUACAAAUCGCAGUUCUCCGGUGGGACUACAGUGGCACAGAAUGGCUUCUUAAGAAGGGCGUGAAUUCCAACGCUAUCGGAGAUAUAGAUGGAAAAUACUUCCCUCACUUGGAUAAUAGAUGGGGUCAGGCCAGUCCGCUGCACAUCAUCCGUCACUCCCCUUUCGCGCUAGAUCACUUGGACAAAGUCACAAAUGGUAGGAUUAAACAAGAGCGAACGGCGCAACGUCCGAGAAUUGAGGAACUUCUUCUCACAUAUGGCGCUAAGGACUUUUUAAUGCGGGACUCUGAGUCAAGUAACGCAUUAGUAUUAAGUGCUACCCAAAAUUAAGCAAGAGUCAGUGGAAUUAGAGUUAUUGGAUUAAUCAGAGGAAUCAGAAAAACUGGAGGAGUCAAGAUGCUAAUUAAUCCAAGAAAUCCG